AUGUCUGUUAAAGUCGACGGCUUCCCCGGCUCUGCCGCCUUCGAUGUCAUCAACCAGGUCCUGAAGACCGACGACGCCGAGCGCCAGGAGGCCAUCAAGAAGGGCAACGCCAUCUUCGCCUUCACUCUGACCAACAACGAGGGCAAGGAGCAGAGCUGGUACAUUGACCUGAAGGAGAAGGGUCAGGUUUUCAAGGGCGCUGCGCCCGAGGGCGGCAAGGCUGAUGUCACCCUCCUCCUCUCCGAUGAAGACUUCACCAACCUCGUCACGGGCAAGGCCAACGCCCAGCGACUCUUCAUGGCUGGCAAGCUGAAGAUCAGGGGGAACAUCAUGAAGGCGACCAAGAUGGAGCCGAUCCUGAAGAAGGCCCAGACGAAGGCCAAGCUGUAA